CCGCCGUGGCUCCGCGAUAGUUCCGGGGGGCGGUAUCCGCCAUCCAUCGUAUCAUCUGUUUCCCUCUUUUCCCUCGGCACCGAGAGUAAACCCCAUUUCAAAUAGAUGCGCGGCCCCAAAGCCCCAGCCUCGCCGCCCUCCCUCGCACGACCACCCUGCAACGCACGCGACAAAAAUAACAGCCCAUCUCCACGGCACUGCGCCUCCAAGCCGGGUUUAGCAAGCACUGGGCGCCCAAACCUUGCUCCAAUCAAGCGCCCGGUCCAAGGAGAGGGCCAACCAAGCUGCGCCAGCGACGACAUCAUUCAUCAACCCAGCACAUUCCCACCCUGCCCCAGCCGAUCACUCUCCUGCCACUCUCUUUCGUCGACAACACCAUGUCCAAGUGACAUCCGCUCGCAGCCCGUCCCUUCGCUCUCCGCCCUCCCGUCCCUCCGUCCCUCCUUUCUCCGCCACAGCCCACCCAAGCCGCCGCCAUUGAGCGGAGCCGAUCACCCGCCCUCGAAUGGCUGAGUAAGUCCCGUCUAGCCCGGCGCUUGCGCUCCUGGCCGACCACGCUCGCUGAUCGCGCGGCCCCAAAAGACACAGCUACUUUCUGCUUGGCAGCUGGGGCCAUGGAGGGGGAGGCCUAACAUCCUCGCGCCUGUCGUCGCAGCGCCGUCCCAUCACG